UCGGCAGAAUGCAGAGCGCCGCACGAUCCCAGUCCCCCUGGAGGAAGGAGCACCUGUGGCUGACUCUGCAGGCCCUGGGCUUUGAGCUUGGAGCAGAAGCGGCCACCCUCAACAAAACCUUGGCCCAUGUCUGCUUUGGAAUGCACAUGUUUGAUAAGCCCAAUAAGGAUGCAUUUUAUGUGGUUUUCCACUUUUUGUUUUCAAAGCUCAAUGCUGUGCAGUGCAGGGAGAUUUUCAGGCAUUGUUGGCCUCCACUGGACAAGAAGAAAGAUGCAGAGUUUAGAAAGGCAUCAUAUGAAUGGCUAAGAAAGAUUUCUGAAGAUGCUGGCAGUGGUUUCCCACAAGUUGUGGCAUCCAUAUUUCUGUCACCUGGUGGUCCUAAGUUUAUACAACUCUUGUACCAUUUUGCCAGAUAUGUCAUGUUACAACAUAUCAAAAGAAAUGUUGAUGGCACAAAUUCCUAUAUUCCUGAUUCCCUUCAGUUUCAAAUUCAGCACCCGGAAAAGGCUUUGGCAAGGAAUAAGUUGGCACGCCAGAGAUACCUCCGAGCCCUGCAGAGGGAAAACUUUAUGGUUAGGGAAUACCAGAAAAAAGCACAGUUGCUUGUAAAAGAAAUAAGGGAGUUGCGCUCUGAGUAUGGGGCUUUGCAGAAUCAGGGCAGAGCAACACAAAAUGUCAAAAAUGAUGAAAAUAAAGAGGAUAAAAUAAAGGAGGUGCGAAGCUUGUGGGAGAACAUUAUGACGAACCUGAAAGCCAUGGAGAAAGAAGUAGAAGUUGUGGAUUCAGCUAUUGUUGGAGAUGAUAAUCAAUACUGUUUGGAUGGGUCUAAAGUUUCCCUGAACAUUCCCAGUGCAUUGGUGAGCAGAAUUGAAAGUGAAAUGCAUAGGUUGCAAAUAGAAAAUGUGUAUGAAGCUGGAAAAGUGAACUUUAUAACUAUUGUCCAGCUUCUAAAUGAAACCUUAAAAGUUAUCAAAUUGGAACAAGACUGCAAUAGUGGCCAAGAACUUCAGGUGGACCCUCAGUAUCUUGCUGCAAAAACCAAGUUUGAAACUGAAGUUUUUACAAGGCUAAGACACACAAGACAUAAAAUAAAGAGAGAAGAUCUUGUUUCCAUUAAUAAGUCGAUUGUGGAAAAACAGAAAGACUGGGAGAAGAAGUGGAAGAGGAUUCUUGGGAAGUCGCCUUUUGGCCACUUCAAAGGACUCAACCCAGUUCUUGAGCUUCAGCCAGCACUAGCUCCCUUUUUGUUUGACCCUGCAGCAGAAGAAGCUUUAAGGGGCAGCGUUUUUAGUCAGUACACAGUCACUAUUACAGAUGUGUCUGUCGAAGAUUCAGAUACCGUAGACCAAGAUCACAAUGGUUUCUUUACAAGUUUCAUGGAUGCCACAUUAUUUACACCCAGGGGACGCAAGUCAUUGCCAUUUCAGAAGAUCACACCUACUCAACGCAGAAUGUCCUUAAAUGAGAUGGACUUUCGAACACCAACAUCUGCCAUUAAAGAGAGGUUUUUGCAAAGGACGCCAAAUUCUUUGCAGAAGAGAAGGUCUGAUGUGACUUGGAAACCCACUCAGAGUAUCGCACUGCCGCAUACCCCAACACUUUGUAAACCAGAUGGUUUGCGAACAGCACGUCUGCAGCUUGCACAGCAGGUGGCUGAUUUAAUAGUUAAUGACCCCCCAAAAUCUCAGUCGGGACGCGGAAUGGAGCUUGAUGAUUUGCUUGGCAUGCUCUCUUCUGAUCCCUUCCUAUCUAAAAAAGAGAUUCCUCGCACUCCAGAAAACUUGAUUUCAGAUAUCCGAAUAUCCUGGAGAAAAGCCAUCCAGAGUGAGGAAUUUUGCAACGUGUCAAGUCCAGUGGAGAACCUAUGUGUACAGUCACCUGUAGAGCAAGAGUCUGCUCAUUGCAGCCUGGUGGACUUGAGCAUGGCUUGUUUCCUGUCUGCUUCUCAUUUGUCUGAGCAAAAUGAGUCCCCAGACCCAAGGAUGUCUCUGAGCUCUGGAAAACCAGAUCCUCAUUAUAAAGCAGGUUUAAAUCCGAACUUGACACCCUUUUUGGUUAGUGAAAUUAAAAAGUCUGAGCAAGACAAGUUUACUCCAUUAAAGGAAUGUGAUAAAAUGCAGAUGUUGCCGUCUGUAGUUGGAGAAAAGAAUCUUACUUUUAUUUUUGAUGACCAGCCGGAUAACAAGUUGAAAGACAGCACAAUAAUUAUACCUGCACCUAGUCGAGAUAAUGUUUUGACACAUUCAACUCUUUCAUGGGACUCUUCGAAAGCAAUGGAUUACAGCAUCAGUUCAGAGAGCCAUGAUGUGACCCAGUUUGGCAUUCUACAUGAAACUAUCCCGGAAGGAGUUGGGAACAUGAGUCUUAACAGCACAAGUAGUGCACAGACUCCAGAAAUAGAUAGGUACGAUACCAGAACAGAAAUUGGUGAGAUCCCCUUAGAUAGUACAGUGGGUGGCUGGGAAACUAUGGAGCGUAAAAUGGACAUAGAUUCUAUACGUACUAGAUACGAAGCUCUAAAAAGGACAUUUUUUACAUCUUUAACAGAGGAGAGAAAUAUUGGCGAGUAUACGCCUUUGAGCAGGGUUCCCAAGCAAAAAUCAGAUUCCUGCCUUCCAACAGAGACUAGCGGUGUGUUCAACGCAUUAGAUAAAGGAUUAACAUUGGACUUCGAGUAUCUAGCCACUCUAUCACCCAGAGACAGAAAGCUGUCGCUUCCACAGCUCAUCUCUUUUUCUCCCUGUGAAGAUCAUGUGCGUGCCAGCUCCACGGAGGACUUCUCAGAUGUGUUUGAACCACAAGGCACUGGAAAUAUCAACAAGACCAUUGAUUUCACGCAUUCUGCAUCAGAUCUGCAGAAAAGCACCGAUUUGAAGGAGUGGGGCAGCUUAUAAUAAUGUAAAAAUAUGAAGACCCUUUUAUAUGAAUGGAUCCUAUAUUUGUAAAUAAAGCCUAAACCCUACCACAUGACCUCUCAAUAUGUAUGUUUAACCGUUACUUGUAUAAUU